AUGGAGUUUGUGCGUUUGACACUAAUGUCUCUCCAUAUCCAUGUUGCUUCCCUGCUUUUACUAUUAUCACCAUUUCCCCAAAUAAUUUCAGGUCAAGAAUCUUUCAAGAAAGUUGUAUAUAAGCUCAGUAAGCCACUAAUCAGUGAUGAUGGGAAGGUUUAUUUGUGUUCAGAAAAGAAAUUUUUUGCCUUUGAAAGCAAUGGUUCUGUCGCAUGGACGUUAUCUCUCAGUUACAGAUGCAGUUCAAGCAUAGCUCCAGUUCAAGGAGAAUCACGAAAGAUAUAUGUGCUUGCAGAAGAUAGAGUGCUGAAGAUCAACCCGUUGAACGUAGGAAGUUCUGAAACAGCUGUAGAAUUGUUCUUUGGUUCGGAAUAUGAAAGAGUAGGGGAUAUUGUUGGCCUUGCAGUAAGUAUAUCCAGUUCCUGUGUACUUAUCAAUGUCAAAAACCGGGGUCUCUUUGCUUACCGGUUGCAAGGAAAACUGUACUGGAGUGUUGGCCCGGUGCUUUAUCAGCAUGGAUAUCGUCAAGGUUGUAGGAAAAAUAUAACAGAAUGUUAUUUUUCCUCAGUCCCCGUGAUCGAUCACUGUGAAGCUAGCAUAUAUGUAAGGUUUUCGUAUUCCAAGCUUUUUAAUCUUGUCCUUUGCACUAAGCUCUAUCUUGCAUUUUCAAAACCAUUUUUUUUUCAACUGCAGAUUUCUAACAAUCAAGGAGAAAUUUAUGCUUUGUCAACUCGUAGUCCACAUUUCAAAUGGAUACAAGAUUUCAGUUCAUUCGGAAGCACACUUACCAUGAAAGCGGGGAACAACGGUCUGUUGUAUGUUACUGAAGCAACUAAAGCUCUGAUUCUAGCAGUUGAUGUUUCCAGGGGAAGCAUUUUGUGGCAGAAAAGCUUUGGACCGCUAAGUAUGGAAGAUUAUGCCCCUGCUGUUGAUUUUAAUGGUUGGAUAUCUAUUGGUUCAUUGGACGGAUACCUCUAUUCCUUUUCACCAAAAGGAGUUCUCAAAAAGUUCCCUAUAGUUCUUAACAUGCAUUCUGUUAUCCAAGUCAGUCCUGUUCUUGAUUGCUCAGGGUAUGCAAUCUAUGCUUCUCAGACACAGACUGAAGGAAAGGUUACUAGGAUUAUUGGAGAUUACACUUACAUCUCCGCGAUGAAACCAAAAGGUGUUAUCUUCACACUGACUAAUCCAGCUACUGGUAUCAUCUUUUGGUCUGAACAAUAUCCUGGUAACUACCCCGUCCUUCCCCUAGACCCGAAAUCUAGUUCUCUGCAGCAUCAAUGGAUAAAUCUAGUUCUCUGCAGCAUUCUAACAUGCAUCCAUUAUUUACUAUUGCGUCAGGUCGAUUCUCCUUGGCUAAUGGAGAAGGAUUUCUGUCCAGGUACUGGGAACCGGCUGCCAUGCCGAAGCUCAAGUCAGAAGUUUGCAUUAAGCUGCUCACAGGUUACGCCCGAAAAUUUCAGUACCUACACAGGGAACAAGAAGACAAUUUUGCUGUUUCUGAUCUUCGAAUCUAUCAUAUUGCUAGUACUAGCAAUAACAGUAAGAUUUUGCUACAUGUUUUGGAAGAAAAAGAAGCUUCAAAAUCAACAUCUUGGGAAAUUCUUGGAUAAAAGACGAUCACUUCGACUUCAGAAGAAAGUUUUUGAUAGAUCAAUCACAGAGCUUCAACAAAAGGCUGCUGAGGAAGCAAUAGCUAAUGAUAUGCUGGAAAAGAUGGGCAAUCUAGUUAAACAAAGGGAAAACAUAGAGAGGAAGCUCUCAACAUCAUACAGUUUGGGAAGGGAUGAAAUUGGUUCUCAUUCACCAUCUCUCCUUCCUUUGUCCGAUCGUAAAACAAGGAGUUUCUCAUUUCAAGGAGCAAAGAAAGAGAGUAUUACUUUGUUUCAUACAGUCAGUGAUACUUCUUCUGAAACUAGCUGGAGUGAAUGGGACUCUGACACGAACAUAUCGGAGGAUGAAGAUGAAAUAGACAAGGGAAAGUCGCCUAUUGAAAUAUUCAGUAGCAGUGAUGAUGAGAUUUACCAAGAAGAAUAUCAGUCUACUACUCCAUCUUCCUUUGCUUCCACUUCACGACAGGUUAAUGAAAUAGAGGAAAUGAAACCAGGAGAUCAAGAGGACUCCGUUGAUCAUCCCUUACAGAACCGCAUAAGGAAGAGGAAAUCAUAUUGAAGUAGCUAGGUAUUGCAUUAUGUGUGUUAGUUAUCCAACUGUACCUUUGUCCAACUUUUGUCCAUUACUGACGCCUAACUGGACAAAAAGCUUUCUAUUUUAAUGGAUUGCAUAAGCUUAAGUUAAUUGACGAGUUUCAAUAGCAGCAGAAGCACGAAAAGAAAAAAAGGAGUCGGAAGCUUAGAUGGUCACUCAACGUUAUUAAGGAAGAUUUCAUCUGGUGUAGCUAGAUAACACAUAUUUUACAUCCAUGUCCUAUAAACUAGUAAAUUCAGAAUAGUACAUGCAUACAGGUAAUAAUAUGCCAUUUCUCAA